AUGUCAAUAAAACUACAAUUAACGAAUGAUCAAUUAAAUAGUGAGGAAGAAUUAAAAGUACAUUAUGUUCCUGCAGCAGUCAACAAUAAUGGAGUUAUAAAGAUUGAUGAAUAUUUCAAUAACUAUACAAUUGAAGAGAAUGGCGUGUCUAUAAAUGCACUUCGCAUUGAGAAUAAAGUACCGGAAAAUAUGCAAGGAUUGAUAUUCCGAGAAAAUGAAAAAUUGCAAAUUGAUGAUGCUGAAAGAUUAUUAAAAUUGAAUGGAAAGUUUGAAAAAUUUAUGUACUGGAAUUACGAUAAGAAUCCAUCAGAGAACGAUGCUUUUAGAAAAGCUUUUCAUUAUUUAAAACUCGCUGAAGAACUCCAUUCAGAAGUAAAAUCUCUAGACGAAACAUAA